GUAAAUUCGGACAGUACGUAAGUCGGACACACGUAAUAACUCACUCAAUUCCGAUGAAAUUUGACAAUUUUUGGUGAAAAGGCGAGUACAUUCAUUGAUACAUUUUUAAUGGUGUUGCAUCAUUUAAGCGCUUUAUUUGCAUGUGUCCGACUUUAUAAUUUUAGAACAGGAAAUCCACAGUUUUUUUUUAAUGGAAAUGCUCAUCAAGUGUCCAAUGUUUAUUACUCGACUACUCGUAGGGUGAAUCCGUGAAAAGUCGGACAGUUGACAGUAAAACACAUAAUAAACUAUCCAAUUACAGACUUGAAAUCCCCAGUAACACGCAUUUAGCGACACAUAGCCAUUCACUUUGAAAAAAUACAUUUGUACAGUAUGUACAUGGACACCGUUUACGUUAACACAAAAUCAAUGAUGUACUGGUACUUUUUGUUCUUUUUAGAGCACACAUGGCUGUUUUCUAGUAAGAGUAGGCUAAUUUAUUGCCAUUUUUGUCAUUUGGUAGUGGAAACUUCAAGUGUGUAUACAAAUGACUGUAGUUUACCAUCCCUUUAAAUUAUCUUAGAGGAUAUUACCUUGUAGUUUACAAUUUGAGUCAUUGUUUUUCUCAUGGCCUUUGAUUGAAGUGGCACAUUUUAUAGUCUUUAAAUUGGCGCACAGUUCAUUUCUGCAAUCUGCGAUUGCAUUCUGCAGUUUAAUUAUUUAGCCAGGGCUCAACACUAACAGUGGUCUGUUGACCCGGGGUCAGUAAAAAAUAGGGAGGACCAGUGAAACUAGAAAUUUGGUUGAUCCGUCGGACCAGUUAAAAAUCCUGGCCGGCUUAUUGUGAAAUACUGGUGGAAAGCCGUUUUCAUUAAUAAAACAACUUUAUUUGUUCAUAAUAAACCGAUAAUUUCAUCAUAUUUUUUGGGCCUACUCGAGACUGGGAUGAAAAAUAGCAACAUAUUGGAAAUUCCAAUUUUCCUAGAUGCCCGAAUGACAAAAACCUGUUGUCGGAUCAAAAAAUCGAUUUGCAUUCCGCAAAUGUCUCUGGACUUCGCCGUGAUCGAUACAAAAUUCAAAGCGUUUGGAUUGAGAAAUUAACAAAAUGUGUUUGUGUGCGGUUGUAUUCAUGCAGCCAGAGCUAAUCCAGGUAAACUGGAGUAGCGAUGAAGAACUGGUACAAGUAAGGUGGUCAGACUCCGAUUCUGGGGACCCAGUGAAUUGUUCUAUGACCACAUUACAAGACAUUACAGGAUCUGCUGACUGUGCUGUGACAGAUAGCGAACAAGUACAGCGCGAUGAGGAAUAUUUAGACAUUUGGGAUAGUGAUGAAAGCUUAAUGUUUUUGUCUUCUACAGAUUCUGAACAUGACAUCGAACAGGUUUUAGCUAAGCCGAAAAAGAAAACAGAAAACAAGUACAUUCAAAGUGAGGUAAAGUCAGAAGGAAGAAUGAAAUUAAAAGCAUUGAAGUUUCUUAGUAUUAAGACAGCGCUUACCACACCCUGCUAUUGUGGAAAACGGUGUAUUAUGCAGUUGAAUAUUAAUUCUGUCCGUGAUAUUCGUGAAAAAUUCUGGCAUAAUCCAAAAUUGACUAGGAUAACACUGCUGAAAGCAUCAUAUGAAAAAUCUGAAAAAGUCGGAAAAUACAGGUACUUUUCAGUACAGUCUAAAAAACAAGAAAUACAAUUAUGUACAAAAGCAUUUUUGGCUGCAUUGAGAGUUAACAAGAAUACAUUAACUACAGUUGCUGAUAUGUGCAUGAAUAACAAGGAAGCUCCAACUGGGAAAUCCCCACGUAACUGGGACAAGAGCACUCUACUUUUGAUUGCUUGGCUGGAGGAUUACUUCAGAUUUCAUGGCGAAAGAAUGCCUCACCGAAACGAGAUUGUGAUGCCAUAUGGAACAGUGAAAAGUCAUAUUUAUGAACAAUACAAAAUGGAUGUGGAAAAUCCAGUGAGCAAAAGCCAGUUCUACAAGAAAUGGAUUGACAGCUUCCAGUUUGUUAAAACGAAAAAGACCAACAGCUUCAGCAAAUGUACAACUUGUGUGACAUUAGAAAGGCUAAUGAGCAAAACCACCUCUUUCGAGAUGCGUGCUUUCUACAAGAAAAAGAAAGAAGAGCAUAAUAUUCGUCAAAUGUUAGAAAGGAAGUACUAUUACAACAAAAAAGACCAGGCACAACGCAAUCCAAGCCAGCACAUGUCCAUAAUUAUCGAUGGUAUGGAUCAAGCAAAGACCAAUUUGCCACAUUUUGCUGGGAGGAACCCAAAGAAUCUGCAUGCAGUGGAUCUUCUGCAUACUCAUGUCACUGGAGUGCUAAGUCACGGGCAUGGAGGGUUUCAUGCCUAUGUGGACAUUAAUGAAUAUCCUCAUGAUCCCAACUUGACAAUCAACAUCAUACUUAAAGAGCUACUACGUCAAGCCAAGGCAAAUAACAACUUCCUGCCUCCAAAUUUGUUUAUCCAAGCAGACAACUGUUGGAGGGAAAAUAAGAACCGUUAUGUAUUUGCAUUUCUGGAAUUGUUAGUGGCAGAACAGGUUUUCCAUGAGGUUCAUAUGUCCUUCCUUAUUGUUGGCCACACGCAUGAAGACAUUGAUGCAAAAUUUAGUGAGGUGUCCAGGCUGUUAAAUACUAAAGAUGCUGAAUAUUUUGAUGACUUUUUAAACGUUUUGAAAAAUGCAGAGCGUAUCACACAAUUAUUUGAUGUUAAGUCAUGGAUUGAGGGUGAUUUGAACAAAGCUGACCACAUCACCCAACCUUUGCACUUUAAAUUUGUUUCUGUGGACGGUGGUGUAAAAGUGUUUUAUAAAGGGGUUCAAUCUCAGCCGUGGUCAGCCCUUAAUGGGAACUUUUUGAAUAAAGCCCCAAGUGGAAAGCCAGAAAUAUUGAAGCCAAAUUUUAGUAAAAUUGAAAUAGAUAAAAAUGUUAAACAAAUUAAAGCUCUGAAACUAAUUUUCAAAAAGCAGGAUAGUACACAAAAGUGGCUAGACUUUUACGAAUCGCUCAAUUCCAACAUGGACAGUUUAGAUUCUGGAGUACCGGUAUUUCCUUUAACACUGCUACCAAGACAACCUAUAAGGCAGUCCUUUCCACCAGGACAAGGAAUGGUUCCUGAAGUUCGUGAACUGAUUGAAAAGGAAAACAGACAGCCAUUGGUACAGAUAAAAAAGCGAAAAACUGGAGACGAAGCUUCUGACCUCAGGGUUGCCAAAAAGAAGAAUGAUAACACUUCUGGUGGGAAAGGGUUUGGCAAAAGGAAGAGAAGAUUUAUAUAUGACACAACACUGUGCAGAUCACGACUGGUCAUGAUUACAGAUGAAGAAAGGAAGAAACAUCUGUGGAUAAAAUUCUUGAUGGACCUGUAUACUUCAUUUAUGCAGUAUAUGCACAUCUUGUUGCUCAUUUUGUAUGUGUUCUGCUGCCUUUUUGAAGGAUAUAUUUUGUUUAUUUUAAGGUUAUUGCAAGAACUUCUGCGUCAAUCUUUACUAGAACACAUGGGUUUAUUCCAACCCAGAGUUUCAUUUUAUGGUGAAAUUGGAUCAGUCAAUUAAAUUUGUUUUAGCAAAUAUACGUCUCUGGUGGGCAAAAAUAAGACACUAUUAUUGAGGUGUAGUGUUUAACAAUUUGUAUCCAGUCAAAUGUUCCUUAUUUCGCCAGUUGUCUUUAUAAUCCCCCGAAAGUAUUGAGUGAGAUGUCCUUUAUAAGCUAUUGUAACUGUACAUUUGUUCAUGUGCAUUUUUCUACCAAUUUUCGAUUUCGGUUUAGAAAUGCUUUGUAUGAACUUGUCUUCACAUAAAAAUGCUUUAUUAUGUCCCCCUUCGAAGAAGAGGGGUAUAUUGUUUUGCUCAUGUCGGUCCGUAUGUCCGUCUGUCCACCAGAUGGUUUCCAGAUGAUAACUCAAGAACACUUAGGCCUAGGAUCAUGAAACUUCAUAGGUACAUUGAUCAUGACUCACAGAUGACCCCUAUUGAUUUUGAGGUCACUAGGUCAAAGGUCAAGGUCACGGUGACCCGAAAUAGUAAAAUGGUUUCCGGAUGAUAACUCAAGAAGGCUUAUGCCAAGGAUCAUGAAACUUCAUAGGUACAUUGAUCAUGACUCGCAGAUGACCGCUAUUGAUUUUCAGGUCACUAGGUCAAAGGUCAAGGUCAUGGUGACCCGAAAUAGUAAAAUGGUUUCCGGAUGAUUACUCAAGAACUCUUAUGCCUAGGAUCAUGAAACUUCAUAGGUACAUUGAUCACGACUCGCAGAUGACACCUAUUGAUUUUCAGGUCACUAGGUCAAAUGUCAAGGUCACGGUGACCCGAAACAGUAAAAUGGUUUCCGAAUGAUAACUCAAGAACGCUUAUGCAUAGGAUCAUGAAACUUCAUAGGUAAAUUGAUCAUGAAUCGCAGAUGACCCUAUUAAUUUUCAGGUCACAAGGUCAAGGUCAGGUGACUUGAAACCGCAAAAUGGUUUCCGGACGAUAACUCAAGAAUGCUUACACCUAGGAUCAUGAAAAUUCAUAGGUUCAUUGAUCAUGACUGGCAGAUAACCCCUAAUAAUUUUCAGGUCACUAGGUCAAGGUCACAGUGAGUCGAAACAGUAAAAUGGUUUCCUGAUGAUAAAUCAAGAAUAAUUAGGCCUAGGAUCCUGAAACUUUAUAGGUACAUUGAUCAUGACUAGCAGAUGACCCCUAUCGAUUUUCAGGUUACUAGGUCAAGGUCACAGUGACAAAAACUAAUUCACACUUUGGCUGCCACUUCAACUGACAGCCCAUAUGGGGGGCAUGCAUGUUUUACAAACAGCCCUUGUUAAAAUAGAUUUUGUGAAUUUGUGAUUGCUAAUGUUUAAUUUUUAUGUCUCCGAAGGAGGGCAUAUAGUGAUCGGACUGUACGUCUUUCCGUCACACUUUGCGUUUAGGUUUCGCGUUUAGGUUUCAAAAAAUGCUCAUAAAUUCUAUGCCCCUUCACAUAGCAACUUGAUAUUUGGUAUGCAUGUGUAUCUCAUUGAGCUGCACAUUUUGAGUGGUGAAAGGUCAAGGUCAUCCUUCAAGGUCAAAGGUAAAAAAAACAUGUAUCAACGCAGCGCAGUAGGGGGACAGUGUGUUUCUGACAAACACAUCUCUUGUUUUAUGUUCUAUAAUAUGUUUGUAUGUCAGGAGAAACAAUAAAGUUUUGUUUUUACAAUACAUACUAAACUUGUGGCAGAAUUGUUUAGUAAUGAAAAUACAAAUUGCAGCAAUUGCAUCUGUUAAAGAACUUUGAAUGGUUAUAAUUGAUGUAAAGAUUGUUUUAUUGAAAUAUUUCAUUUUUAAAAUGACUUCACAUGUUGAAAAACAUGUUAUGUAUUUUUUAUAAAAAAAUUAAUUAAUUUUAGUUAGUCAUAAAAAAAUAUUGAAUCAUUCACACUCUUUUAUAAAUGUUCUGACCUACUGACUGGUGGAUUGCGAACAUAAUGGUAUACCUUUGUGUGUGUUUGUAUUUAUUAUUACAUGUUUUAUAAUUAAAAAAUAAAUUAAGAAUUAUACAUUUAAAAGUCGUUUACCUUCCAUUUUUUUCAGUGUGAUUUUUUCUGUGUGAUUAUGCAUAUCUGGAAGUGUGUACCGCUGGCUUAACAUUUUCAAAGAAUUUAUCUCUCUGUUAUUAUGAACUUUAGGGAGUUUGUACCGCCGGCGUAACAUUUUCAAAGAAUUAUCUGUCUGUGUGAUUAUGAACCUUAGGGAGUUUGUACCGCCAGCGUAACAUUAAGAAAUAUCUGUCUGUGAUUAUGCAUAGUUUGUACCGCCGGCGUAACAUUUUGUCAUUGUAGAGUUUGUACCGCCAGCGUAACAUUUUCAAAGAAAUAUCUGUCUGUGAUAAUGCAUAGUUUGUACCGCCGGCGUAACAUUUUGUCAUUGUAGAGUAACAUUUUCAAAUAUCUGUCUGUGUGAUUAUGAACCUUAGGGAGUUUGUACCGCCGGCGUAACAUUUUCAAAGAAUUAUCUGUCUGUGUGAUUAUGAACCUUAGGGAGUUUGUACCGCUGGCGUAACAUUUUCAAAGAAUUAUCUGUCUGUGUGAUUAUGAACCUAAGGGAAUUUGUACCGCC